CAGGUGUUUUUCGAUGUGGAGAUCGAUGGCAAGGCCGCGGGGCGCAUCGUGAUGGGGCUGUACGGCAAGACCGUGCCCAAGACUGUUGAGAACUUCCGGGCGCUGUGCACCGGCGAGAAGGGGGUGGGCAAGAGCGGCAAGCCGCUGCACUACAAGGGCACCGUCUUCCACCGCAUCAUCCCAAGCUUCAUGCUGCAGUCUGGCGACUUCACGCGCGGCGACGGCACGGGCGGCGAGUCGAUCUACGGCGAGAAAUUUGAGGACGAGAACUUCAAGCUGCGCCACAAGAGCGCGGGGGUGCUGUCCAUGGCAAACGCGGGCAAGGACACCAACGGCUCUCAGUUCUUCAUCACGACCGUCAAGACCGCGUGGCUGGAUGGGCGUCACGUGGUGUUUGGCCGCGUGCUGGAGGGCAUGGAUGUGGUGUACAAGGUGGAGGCGGAGGGCAGCCAGAGCGGCACCCCCAAGUCCAAGGUCAUCAUCGCCGACUCGGGGGAGUUGCCCGUGGAGGCGGCGGCCGAGGCCUGA